AUGUCUCCGUCUGAAGCUCCUCGACGCGGCCACCACGGCAUGCCUCCUCCUCCUCGUCCAGGCGAGUUUGAAGUUGUAGGCGACAAGUGUCUCGAGUACGUCCGCCUACACGCCACGCAGGGCGACGCUCAGUCGGUGGUGGAUGCUAUGGACAAUUUCGCCUACGAGGAGAUGUGGAUGAUGAACAUCGGCGACGUGAAAGGCGCCAUCGUGGACGCCGAAAUUGAGAAGGCCAAGCCACAGGUGAUGGCGGAGAUUGGAGCUUUCUGCGGCUACAGUGCUGUGCGUUUCGCCAGCAAACUACGUGCUGUGUCGGGCCCUUCAGCACGCUUCUACUCGUUUGAAUUCUCGGAGUACUUCGCCAAUAUUGCUAAGCAAAUUGUGGAUCUCGCUGGGCUCUCGGACGUCGUGACCUUCUUCGUUGGACCCUUUUCGGAGACCUACACGAAGCUCAAGGAUCUGGGCGUUAACCACGUGGAUGUCUUCUUCAUGGACCACGACAAGCGCCAAUAUCUGAGCGACUUCAAGUUGAUCGAACAGAGUGGACUUCUCAAGCCGGGAGCCGUCGUGGUAGCCGACAACGUGUUGUUAGGCCCGGGCGGAUUGUCAGAGUAUCUGGAUUAUGUGCGCUCGAACCCGAAGUUCACGUCUGUGUUGCAUGAGUCUUUCGUCGAGUACCAAGCGGAGCUCAAAGACGGCGUCGAGGUCUCCACGUACGUGGGCUAG